UCAGGACAAAUCAGAAAACUGUACAUAAGUUUUAUAUGAAAACGUAGGUACCUAUGUAAUCAUUACGAUAUAUUUCAUAUCGUAGAUUUCUAAUUACAAUAAGUUGUGAUUAGCGGUCUUGUUUUUACGAUAACUCUAAUUUCACAUAUUCUUACAUAGUAUAUCGUUUCAGUUCUACGUGCAUAGUACAUACUUACUUGAAAGUUGACAGAUGACAGUUUACUGUAAUGACAUUUGACAAUUCAAAUCCAACAAGACGAAAAUUGUCGCGAACUAUUGAAUGUUUGUUCCAAAAAGUUAUCAAAAUUAGUUAGUGGUAGCUUUAAAUUUGUAAUAUGGAAGGCAUAUUAUGGAAGUGGACAAAUUAUUGGAAUGGUUGGCAGACCAGAUGGUUUGUGUUAGAAAAUGGUAUUCUAUCCUACUAUAAAUCUCAAGAGGAAGUCAUUCAGGGUUGUAAGGGUUCAGUCAAGGUGUCAGUGUGUCAAAUAAAUGUAAAUACUAUUGAUAACACAAGAUUAGAUUUAGUGAUACCAGGACAGCAGCACAUGUACUUAAGAGCUCCAUCUCCACAAGAUCGGCAGAAGUGGUUGGUUGCCCUUGGUAGUGCAAAAGCUUGUGUUGAUUCUAAAGAAUUGAAAGUACCGCCUACAUUAGAAGAUGCAAAUUCACUAAGUCACAAGAAGUCAGAAUUAAGACUCUAUUGUGAUCUAAUGAUGCAGCAAGUCCAUGCUGUAAAAAGUGCUGCGAAUGCUGAGGAUGGUCCUGAAAUUCAGAAAAUUGAUGAUGCAACUAGCCUGCUAACGGCCACUUGUGACACAUUUAUCAGAACUCUGGAAGAUAUAAUGAAAUUGACUACAACUGCUGCAACAAAUGCACCUUAUGAGAUGCCGAUACCUAAUUUAGUAAUAAAUAAAAAUAAUUCUUCAAAUAAAUCGCAACUGUCCAACAAAGCUCCUAGACAGAGUAUAAGUAGGUCUUUAUCACAAGAAAAUAGGUGAAAAGUAAUUUUAUGUUAUACUGUUAUUGCAUCAGUGCUAUCAUAAAAAUUAUAACAACUUACAAAGGUGUAAAAAUGUUCAUCUGGCACCUUGAAACUGGGAUAAUAUUUUGUAUAAAUUCACAAGUAUAUAAUUUGCAAGUGACCAAUUAAUGUUAAUUUUAUUAUUUUUUUAACAGUUUCAUUUGAAUAAAAUAUCAAAUGACUCCAUAAUAAUGUAUGUAUAUAAAAAGCACAGUGUAAACUCUGUAUUGCAAUCAAUAGUUUUCUAUAAAAUAAAAACUAUGUACUUAUAGCCUGACAAUAUUAACUCUUAAAACAAAAAAACGAGUGGCGCCCUAAAGCUUUGUUUUUCUGGUUAGACAUAUUUAUAUCUACUGAUGUUUCUUCAAAAUUUGAAAAAAUCUGAAUUGCCUGUAAGUACUAAUUGUCAGCAUAAUAAAAUAUUGAGAUUUAAAUAGAACUUAAAUUGUAGUUCAACUUUUAGCAAACAUAGUAGUUUGAAAUAUUGGUAUAAAAAUGGUACAAUGGCAGCUUACUUGCCCUGUGAAGCAUUUAGGUUUGGAUUACUUUCCAGCCAGAUAGUAUGUUUACGACUACAAUUCAAGUUCAGUUUUCGUAUUAAACAUUUACGUUUUAAUUUACAAUGGUUGGCAGUUUCAGUACUUAGAAGUAAUUACUAUUAGUCAGUAUUAGUGCAACGGAUUCUGUCGAUUCUGUUAGCAAGAUCUGAGAAAGUUUAAAAGAAUACUUAGUUACAGUAGACUUAUAUUUGUAGAUAUGCUAAAUCUAUGUUGGAUGAAAUUAAGAAGCACAUUAUAUCAAAAGAUUGUUUAGUUAUUAUCUAUUAGGAAAUUAUUUAUAAAUAAUUAGCGUCCUUGUUUUUAAUUAUAGCUUUAGUAAUUUCGGCCAUGUUUUUUUUAACAUCUGGACUAAGAAUCCAUGUAAAAUAAGUUCUAUUUGUUAACAAAUUAAUUUAGUUUUAUGGUUGUAUAUUUGUACUAGAUAGACAGUAGGUAUCUAAGUAUUUCAGAGUAUUUUCUUCAAAAAAAAAUAUUGAAUGGUAAACUGGCGAGGAAUUACUUUAUUUACAUUCAAAUAUUGGAGCAUUACUUUAAUAUAUAGGUACUAGAUUGUUAUAAUUUAAUUUUUUUGUUGGUACAGAGUCCAGAUUUAUAAAAUAUAAUACAUAACUACUAAUGUAAUUUAAAAUCUUGUUAUUAGCAAUGUAGAAACCAAACUCUUAAACAACAUUAACGGUUUAGAAAAUAAAUUCGCAAAAUAAUAAUACUUUAAAAAUCUGAAACUUGCCUGAACGAAAAUGUUUAUAUUAUUAGUAGGUACCUACCAUUUAUUAUUAAAUUUAAGCUCUCUACACAUGUGUAGAGUAAAUGGGCAUAGUAGCACAGUAGGCCUGUUUAUGCUAAUAAACAGAUUUGUUAGAGUAGUAUGCUAGUUAAAUUUACUGUUUUCUCAACAUGUGUCCACCAGGCUUUGUUCUGAAAAGGUUUAUACAAAUUUCGUCUCUUCACCAAUUAUAAAACUAAAUACAUGUACUUGGUCUUUUAACUAUCAUUAUAUAGAGUUUACACUGUAAUUAAGGCAAAGUUAUAUCGAAAUUAGCUUAGCGCCUCAUGUUUUCAUAAAUAUAAAACACAAUUAACCCAAUAUAAUUAAAAAUAAUUUUAACAUCACAUUAUUGUUAUCCAAUGAAUUAUGCGUAUAUUAAUUAUUCAUAUAACCCAACAACUAUCAUCAAAUAUUUUAAUAUUUUUUAUUUAUUUUAAUACUCCAAUGUAGAUUGGUUUGUUGAAAUCAGGAGACUGGAUUGAAUACAUUUAAAAAUUGCACUCUGUGAUAUCGCUUAUAAUAGCCAUCGAUAUGAAAAAGUUUAAAUAUUUUAAAUAUAAAAAAAGCAAUAGGUACAUAAUGUAACGAAAUUAGAAAAAACUACAUUCCUGGCUGUAACUAACACUAGCUAAAUCAUAAUAUUGUAACAGUCCUGUUUAUAUGUUAAUGUGUUUAUUCAUAAUAUUAAGAUGUAAUCUAUGUUGGCAUUGCCCUAAAAGAGGGGUAGCGUUAAUAGUUUUCAGCCCUAUUUUUUUUUAAUUAUACCUAGAUAUCUAGUAGUUAUAAAAAAUAAAUAUCUGCCGCAUAGUUUCUGAGUACUUAACUGUAAAUAACACUGAAAACGAUCUUAAGUACUUAUUAAAAUCCAUCAUGAUCUUCUGAGGAGUAAGUACCUAAUCCAAUUUUUAUCAAACUUUAAUAUUUGUAGUAAUUUGAAAUAAUUAAUGCUUUUUAUUUUUUAUUUAUUAAUUAAGGAAAAUAUGAGGGCAAAAACAGUGUUUUAUCGCUACCUCUUUUUGUUUCCUCUGUCCUUCCUGUUGAUCAAUAUUGUACAUAUUUAUAUUUAAAAGCUUAAAACGUUUGAAUAAAAAAUGUAACCUGA